GACCAAUAUAACGCGCAAGGGGCGGAUAUAAUUAUCUCUAAGCAACUCGUUUCUUCUUAUAUUCUCAAACCAUAAUCAAUAAACAUACUCACCAUUAUCAGAAGAGAAUGUCUUCUUCGAAUUCACGUGUAAACCUAGCAAAGUCACUUAUUCCACUGAAGGAGAUCCGCUUGGCCACCCAAGACUUUAGUUCAGAAACUGUGAUCGGACAUGGUGAAUUUGCUGAUGUCUAUAGAGGACAACUUUCUAAACGCUGGCAAAACCAAACAGCUGCCUUCAGACGCUUAUAUCCAAGUAAUUUCAGAGGACAUGAUGGAUUCCGUAAUGACCUUGAGAUGAUUUCAAGCUUCAACCAUGAAAACAUUAUUCCUUUCAUUGGCUACUGUGAUGAAGAUAAUGAGAUGGUUAUAGCUUUUGGAUACGCUAUGAAUGGAAGCCUUCAAGAUCAUCUCCAAGACCCCAAUAAAAGACGUUGCCUAACAUGGGAACAACGCCUAAAGAUCUGCAUAGGGGCAGCAAAAGGGCUCGAGUACCUGCACUCGGGUGCUGGAGAGAGCCGAAGAAUAAUACACAAAAACAUCAAAGCAACAAACAUAUUGUUGGGUGAUAAUUUGGAAGCCAAAAUAUGUGAUUUUGGUUUUAGAUCAAGGCUAAUUACCAUACAUACAACUUAUGUCGGUAACAGCUUUUACAUGGACCCCAAUUAUUUUGAAAUUGGAAACCUCACGAAACAAUCAGACGUAUACUCGUUUGGCGUGCUGCUUUUUGAAACACUGAGUGGGAUGCUGGCUAAUGAUACAAGGAGCAUUGGAGAUCGUAAGCCACAAACUCUCAUGAAUUUGGUCCGGCGCCACUAUGAGGAUGGGUUGGACCAGAUAAUUGAUCCAUUUAUAAGAACUCAAAUUGAUAGUCGUUCUUUCAAUACGUUUAAGAAAAUUGCAUAUCAAUGCAUUAGUUUCAAAUCAAAGGAUCGACCUAAGAUGGAUACCAUCAUCCAGAGGAUCAAGGAAGCAUUGGAUAUCCAGUCACAGAAACACGAAGCUGCUUUAACGAUUACCGUAGGAAUGAACCGAUAUGAAAACCUGGAGAGGUGUCUAAUCCCACUGAAGGCGGUCAACUUGGCCACAGGAUACAAGAGUCAAGAAACUCGUGUAGGAGUCGGUGGAUCUGGUGUGGUCUACAAAGGUCAACUCUCUAAACGUUGGCAGAAUCGCACAGCUGCAUUCAAAUGCAUAUAUCCCACUCGUUCACGAAGAGAGCAAGAGUUCCGAAAUGAAGUUGAGAUGCUGUCAAGCUUAAACCAUGAAAAUAUCAUCCCUUUUAUUGGCUAUUGUGACGAGGGUAAUGAGAGGAUUAUAGUUUCCGAAUAUGCUAUCAAUGGAAGUCUUGAUCAACAUCUAAAAGACCCUAAUAAAAUCCGAUGCUUAACAUGGGAACAACGCCUUAAGAUUUGCCUAGGAGCAGCAAGAGGACUCAAGUACCUUCACACGGGUUUGGGGGAGCAGAACAAAGUAAUACAUAGAGGCGUCACAAGUUCAAACAUAUUGUUAGAUGGAAAUCUUGAAGCAAAAUUUUGUUGUUUUGUUCUGGCAAUAUUAGUCGAUGGAAAUCAACGAGAAGUCUAUGAACCUGCUGUGGGUACCCCAUUUUACAUGGAUCCAAUUUACAAUGAAAGUGGCAUCGUUAGCGUAGAAUCAGACGUUUACUCAUUUGGGGUGGUAUUAUUUGAGAUGUUGAGUGGUAUGUUAGCUUAUAAUCAAAGGACCAUUGGUGAAGAUGAGCCACAAACACUCAUAAAUUUGGUACGACGUUACUAUCAUGACGGAUUGAAAAACUUAAUUGAUCCUCAUAUAAGAGAUCAAAUUAAUAUUCACUCUUUCCAUGCAUUCAAGGAACUUGCAUAUCAAUGCAUUAGUUUGAAGUUAAGAGAUCGCCCUACUAUGAACAGGAUCAUCAAGAGGAUUGAAGAAGCACAAUACAUUCAAAACCAUGGAGUAGCUUCCACCAUUGCUACACCAAGCCACCAAUGUCAAAACCUAGAAAGUUUUCUAAUUCCACUGGAGGAAAUCAAAUUGGCAACCAGAGACUUUAGUGCUGAAACUCAGAUUGGAGAUGGUGGAUUUGGUGUGGUCUAUAGAGGAAAUCUCUCUGAACACUGGAAAAAUUGCAUAGUGGCUAUCAAACGCCUUGAUGUCAAAAGCCACCAAGGAAAAGAUGAAUUCCUUACCGAGCUAAAGUUCAUUUCCAGUUUUCAUCAUGACAACAUCAUCUCUUUUGUUGGUUACUGUGAUGAAGAAAAUGAAAUGAUCUUAGUUUACGAGUAUGCAAGCAAUCAUAGCCUUGAUCAUCAUCUCCAAGACUCAAAGAAGAGGGGUCAUCUAACAUGGUCACAACGCCUCAAGAUUUGCUUAGGGGUAGCAAGAGGACUCAACUACAUCCACUCAAGUGUAGGUGAAGAAAUUAGAGUCAUUCAUAGAGACAUCAAGAGUGGAAACAUAUUGCUAGAUGAAAAUAUGGAAGCCAAAAUUUGUGAUUUUGGUUUAUCGAAACAAUCCCCUAGAAAUACACAAGGUACGGAAAUCUAUACAAAAGCUGCUGGUACUAUUUUUUACUUGGAUCCCAUUUACCAAGAAAGUGGAAUCCUCCAUAAAGAGUCAGAUGUGUACUCGUUUGGCGUGGUAUUAUUCGAAAUCUUUAGUGGGAUGUUGGCUUACCAUCGAAGGAGUUUUGGAGAUGGUAACCCACAACCUCUGAUAAAUCUUGUACGACGCUACUAUAACAACGGACUUGAGGAAUUAAUUGAUCCCCAUAUUAGAGAUCAAAUUGAUAGUCGGUGUUUUCAUAUAUUUAAUGAACUUGCAUACCAAUGCAUUAGCUACAAUUUCAAGGAACGCCCUACGAUGGAAACCAUCAUCGAGAGGAUUGAGGAUGCAAUCGAUGUUCAAUUAAAAUGGGAGCUGCAAUGCAGAAUGAGGAAAAUGGAGCUGAAAACAACAAAGAAAGGAUGGUGUUGGACAGCUUGA